GUACUGUUCUAAAUAUGCAUGUGCUAAAGUGGGAGUCCAAGAAUCUGAUUGCGCUGAGUACUCAGAUAAGGGAGUGGCUUACUUCAAAAGUUGCAGCAAAUGUAAUGCAAGAAGGACAAAUGCUGGCUGUAUUAAGUACAUUACUAGCAGCAAAAACUCUGCCAGAACCUUUUGCUACGGCAUCUGAGCUUAUCGACAGUGCAUGGACAACUGCUGUUGACAGAUCAUAUAAAACUGGGAAGCUGCUAGCUGAAUUGUUCCUCAAGGGAUUGCAGGGAAACAGACCCGUGACACUCGUCGGUUUUUCAUUGGGUGCCCGAGUAAUCUUCAAAUGUCUUCAGUGUCUGGCUGAAGCAAAAGGAGCUGGACUUGUUGAAAGAGUUGUUCUUCUUGGAGCUCCCGUUUCAAUAAAAGAUGAAAAAUGGGAAGAUGCCCGGAAGUGUACUUUCCACGGGAUUGGCUGGAAUUCAACCUAUUGAACUUCCAGGGAUUGAAAAUGUUGAUGCAACUGAGUUUAUGGAAGGACACUGUUCUUAUAUUUGGAAGACAAAGCAAAUCUUCAGACAGCUUGAUGUAGACAACUAUAAUCCUGUCUGCAAGACAAAACCAUACCAACCUAGCUUUCGUCUAAGCAUCGGCAAUUCCACAAAUCAGAUGUAAGAAAAACAAAAAUGUCUGUCUAAUUAAUCUACUCUUUAUAUAGAAA